AUGUCACUUUCUUUACUAGCAGCGCUUGCCUUCUGCAUCGCAUCGGCGCACGCACAGACGGCCCCUGCCAUCAACGGGCCAGCUACUGGCACUUGUGGGCCCGUGCCCAUCCGAUACGGCACUUCCGGUGCUGGAAUGGCGAAAGUUCAGACCUUUGUGGCGCCUGCGCCCCUCUUCAUCCCACAGUGCUCUCCAGCAGCAACAGACACCUAUGUGUAUAGCCUGGGUGUGGGCAGGCAGAGCAACUACAUCCUGCCCGGGCCAGCUGUGAGGAGCAUCGGCAGUGACUACUCGCCGUCCUUCGGCUACCGGGGCUCACCGGAUCUGGACCUGACAGCGGCUGUGCCCAAUUCGGGGCCUGCCCCCCUGCCGGUGCCAGCCGGCCUCCUGGACGUGACACUGUCCUACCUGGCAAAUAGCAGCGCCAACUUGCAGUGCGGCAACGCCAGCAACACGCUGACAUCAGCCUUCCUCAUCCAGGCGCCCACAGCUACCUUGGUUUCGGGACCCCCGACCAGCACGGCAGGGAACACCGCCUUCAAGCUGUUCAUCAACGUAACCUACGCGGCAGCUGCCAUCCAGCUUCCCUUCUCCGACCCCGCGGUUGUGCAGACGGGCGCAGUCACCGUGACUAAUGCCGCUAAUGGCUCGCCCCUGAACGGCGCCACCUCUGUCGCCAGUUCAGGCCCCGGCUUUGUUACCUAUUCCUUCGCUCCCUCGCCGCCGCUGCCGACCGGAGCUUACAGCGUGGGUGCUGCGUACGCCAGCAACUCGGCCUAUGUCCUGGGCUCCGCCACAUCAGCGCCCUUCGCUUUUGUCAUCACCCCUCCGGUGACCUCAACACCGGCGGCCACCACUUCAAAGCCCCCUGCCACCACUUCAAAGACCCCUGCGCCCACCACAAAGACCCCCACCCCCACCACAAAGACCCCUGUCAAGACCCCCACCCCCACACCCACGGUCAACCCGGCGGUAGCGGCGGCGCAGAAGAGGCUCAACGAUGACCUGGCGAAGCUGCCGGGCACCACUGGCAUCGCGCGCUUGGUGCUUCUGGCUCAGAUCGCCCGGGACCGCGCCGCACUCGCCGCCGCUCAGGCGGCCGCCGGAUGA